AUGUUAAACAUUUUUAUUAAAACUUGUUUGUUACUUAUUAUUUCAAUAUGGAUACUGGUUAUUUUUAACGUUUUGAACUGUACUUAUGGUGCCGUGUGGGAAAAGAAUUUUAAAGCACAAGCUAAAUAUAAUGAAAAAACUAGUAGAACAUUAACAGAACAUGCAAGAUGCAGGAAAGAAAAUAAUAGGUUAUAUACAAAUUUUUCUUAUAGACCCCAAAGGAGCAAUAACUAUGAAAAUAGAAGAAAUGCAAAAGAUUUCUCGUAUUCACGCUCAUAUGAUAGAGAUUAUGAAUCUAUCUAUGAUGACAACUAUGUACUUUUUCAACGCAAUAAGGAUCCGUAUUAUCAGAGUACGAGGUAUUCACAUUAUGAUGAUACAGAUGUUUCAUCCGCUGAUGAUGAUGAUGAGAUUCCCCAAAUUAAGCAUACUUAUAGGAGAAAACAUGAGGAUUAUAAUGAUCUAAAAUAUGGGCAUAGGAAUAGGCAAAAUUUUGAGGAUGAUAUUAGAAAAAGAUAUGAAGAUAAUAAUAGGCGAAAACAUGAGAAUAAUUAUAGGCAAAAAUUUAAGGAUAGUUUUAGACAAAAAUAUGAGGAUAGUAAUAAGAGACGAAGAUUUGGGAAUAAUAUUAGACAUAAAUUUGAGGAUAAUUUUAGACAACAAUAUGAGGAUAGUAACAGGCGAAACUUUGAGUUCAGGAGUAUGGAAAAUUUUGAAUAUAGUAAUAGGGGAAACUUUGCAAGUGAUGAUAGACCAAAAUUUGAAAGAACAAAUAUGCGAAGCUUUGAUUACCAUGAGAUUCCAUCUUUUGACAGUGAUGACAGAAAAUUUGAUGAUAUUCAGUAUGCACCUCUUGACGACGACGAUGAUGACGAUGAUAGUUCAUCAUCUGAAGAUAUGUAUUAUUCAAAUUUUUCAUUAAAUAAUAAUCUACCAGGCCGUGGACGUAGUAGGUACUCAAAUAAAGGAACUUUUGCGUAUUCACAACAUGAACGCAACGAUUUUCCAACAUAUGAAGAUACAUAUGAUGAUUCAUCUAUGAAGAACAUCAAUUAUGUAGUUUCUGAGAAUAAUAAUUGUAAUAUAUUUGAAGGUGAUUACGAUGACGAGGACGAUUUAUCGUUCUUAGAGAACAACUAUAAACUACCUUUGAAUAAUAGACACAAUUGUUAUAAUGAUAGUUAUCGUGUUUCUCAUAGAGCUGAUAAAGAUUAUGAAACUUAUGACUUAAGAGUAAUGUCUCAUCCCAGUCGAGGUUACAUUAGUGAUAAGCGUUUGGAAAAAUACAUGGGAAGGGGUAACCCUACUUUUGUAAAAAAGUUACCUUUUCUUUCUACCGUAUUUUUUGUUGGAGGUAUAAUAUUUUCUGCUUUUCAUUAUGUAGUAAUCCCCAUUAUAUGCAGUACUUUAUCAUUUGUACUAACGUCAUAUUAUAUUAAAAGGCUGAAAAAAAGUAAGAAGCGACAAAAACUAUUUAAACGUCGGUACCAUUAUAUUCGUUAA